UACGGCACCAAGUGGAGACGCCGCGUCCGGCGAUUGAUGCAAUGAAAGACACUCCCCCGUGGCAGCGCCACUCCCCGUGAACGUCAGUAGCUAGUGAUGUGGAGGCAUCUGUUGCCGGAUCUGCCGGCUGGGGGGGCACCCGGCACUCAGACUGUGUACGACAAGUCUUAUGAAAUAUCAACCAUGAAGAUCUCAAAGCUGCCAUUCAUCUUAGUGACUGUAUUGGGCAUUACACUCUUCAUCAGCUACGUCAGAUGGAAACCUAGCACUCCUGUGACAAUGGCGAAAUCUCUUCCUCACCUGCAGCUUGAACAUGGGAGAGAAACUGUUCCUAAUGUAAUUCUUUAUGGAAUAAUGUUUGAUGCUGGGAGCACUGGUACCCGACUACAUGUAUAUAAAUUCAAGAAAAUAUCCUCUGGUCCCCUGCACCUGGAGAAUGAAAUAUUUAAGGCUAUAAAGCCAGGACUGUCUGCAUAUGCUGAUGAUCCAGAGAAGUGUGCUGCAGGGAUAAAGGAAUUGCUUGAUAUUGCACAAGAAGAAAUACCUGAUCGCCUAUGGAGGUCUACUCCACUGGUCCUUAAAGCCACAGCUGGGUUACGUCUGUUAUCGGGAGAGAAGGCACAGAAGCUACUAGACACGGUAACAGACCUUUUUCAAUCAUCUCCUUUUCUUGUUGGAAAAGAUAGCGUUUCUAUUAUGAACGGUACUGAUGAAGGGAUAUUUGCUUGGAUUACGGUAAACGUUUUAACUGGGAGUAUAACACAUGCUUCUGAAAAGCUGUCUGGAAUGCUGGAUCUUGGUGGUGGGUCAACACAAAUCACCUUCUAUCCUUAUGAUAAGAAUACUUUUCCCAGUGCACCAGCGGGAUACAUCACCAACUUUGAUCUGUUUAACAACACAUACCACCUAUAUUCACACAGUUACCUUGGACUAGGUUUAAUGUCAGCAAGACUGCAAAUUAUGGGUGGAGAAGAAGGAAAGCCUUUGCAGCCAGGCGGAGAGUUGGUGACGCCUUGUAUAACACCCGGCUUUAUUACGGAGUUUAAACAAGCAGGAAUAUCUUACAAGGUGAAAGGACUGAACUAUGUAACUUCUAUGUAUGAAUCCUGUUAUAGAAGAGUAUCUAAGAUGCUGAGUGGCAAAGUAAGCCAUGCCAAAGAGGUUUCCAGCCUGUUCUUUUAUGCCUUUUCCUAUUACUUUGAUCGGGCUGAGGAUGCACGUUUGAUAGAUCCCAGUGUUGGCGGCUUUAUAAAGGUUGCAGACUUUGAAAUGGCAGCAAGGAAAGAAUGUAUGGCCAUAGAAAAGAAAGCGGGCGAGAAUGCAUUCCUCUGUAUGGAUUUGACUUAUAUAACACGUCUUCUUAAGGAGAUGGGUUUUCCAAAAGACAAACGACUUAAGCUUGUUAAGAAAAUAAAUGACGUUGAGACCAGCUGGGCCCUUGGAGCAACGUUUUAUUACAUGGAUUUAAUGAAAAGUAACACCUAGAACUAGGAGAUUAAAAAAAAUAUGAAGAUGAUUUUUGGGGGAAAAACUACUUGACCUGUUUCUGAUUAGCAUUUUCAGAGACUUUGCCAUAAUUUGUGCCAUGUUUACACAGGGAUGGGUUUGUUAUAUAUUUUAGGGUGAUCUGCAUAGUAGAAUAACACAGCCACUUUACAAAUAACUGUGAUCUAUUUGCCUUGGGGAGUCAUUUUACAGCCAUAGUUUUUCUUUAUUUGUAUAUUUAAAUCUAGUUGCACUAUUAUUUAAGCAAGCUCAAAAUGGAACUUUAAAUAUUUAUCUCCUAGUUAUUUUUCAUAUCCUUUCACUAUUGAUGCCUCAAUUCCCCUAUUCUUUUCAUGCAGUAUCAUCUCUUAUUAUUGUGAAUAUUCUGCAGUGUGAAGGAACAACCAUUUGUCCAGAUUUAAUGUGGAGGCAGGCCAUUAUGUGGUCUAUAGCAGUAUUCAGCCAAUCAAAUUGCUAGGAGCUAGUGACAUCACUGAGUUGUGAAGCUCACUACCUUAUGGCAGAGUGAUAUCACUAUUACCCAGUGAAUUCUUAGUCUGUCUUCUCAUCAAUAAAAAGCUUUAUUUAAAUUUUUUUUUAUUUUUUUAUUGGGUGUACUGAUCACUGAACUGCCAGUUCUCAGCCAACCCACUUUGGCCAACAAUGUGUGUGGCUAAAAUGGGAGAUGAAUCAAUUAAAUACAAUAUUUUCACUGUAAAAAAAAAAAAUGGGAUAAGAUGGUGAAUUUGAUCAAUAAUGUUCAGAGGAAUUUUACUCCUCCAGAAAGGAUCAGCUAUAACUGUUGUAAUGUUAUAAUCGAAGUUGAACAAUCCUAAAAAAUUGUGUAUGAAGUGUGUGUUUUUAGAAGGGUUUAUACUGUAUAACAGGAAAGCAUGGGUUUGCAUUAAUAUGCUACUGGAUAUGGUGCGUCCACUCACUCCCUCCCCCCUCCCCACCCAUAUAACAGUAUUUGAUCUGAAGUCUAAUGCUGGUGGUAUGGCAACUUUGACCACCUCCUACCUCAUAUAACUUUGACUGUAUACUUACUGCAAAUUAAACUAGUGAAUAUAUAUAAAUUUUUUAAAUAAAUGUUCUAUUUUGUGCCACCUGGGAGCAGCCACAUACUGUAAGGCACUGAACAUCUGCAAAGGAAACCUCACAUCCUCUCAAAAUGCAGCACUGGCUACAUACUACAGACUGUGGCAAAGUAAAGUUAUCGCUAUAACUAACGUAGAUUGACCCAGGUGAGUAAAUAGCCAUGUAAUAUGUCCUGUAACUUGCCUCUACCUCCAGCAUGCUGCAACUGCCCUUCCUGGUGCUGACCUCUUCUGAGGUGACCCUGUGACUAAUUAAAUGUUUUGUUAACUGGUUUAAGGCAAAAAUAGGUUUGUGAUCUGUUAUUAUUUCAUUGUAAAUGUGUACUAAUAAAAUCACAUUGUGUAGAUAUUUCACUGUUAUAUUUAAUAAAACUACUUUUUGCAGUA